AAUCCAGCCAAAAGAACUCGCAGCACGCAGGCAGUUGUCUGGCAGUCCCUCUCUGACAUCUCGUUGUGGUGUGUGCAGUUGGAUACCUAUCUUCCUUCUCGCCUACAUCUCCCUCUACUCUGUCUCAUCUUCCUUCUCAUCUACAUCUCCCUUUAUUUCUAUUUCUGAGCUGGCUGCAAACACACUACCUACCACCUGCGCUUUUGCACAGGCUCACUCAAGAUGUCUGCGGAGGAGGACUCUGCGCACCAGGCCAGAGAUUUUGAGAAUGAAGGUUCGCCACAUAGUUUGAACGGUGACACUGCCCUGGACGAUGACGGCGACCUUUUCGGCGACGACGAUGAUGAGCUUGACCAAGACAUCAAUGACUCGCAUCGAAAACUCGACGACUCGGAACUCGACUCCGGUGACGAUGAAGGCCGGACAGACCGCGUCGCCACGACCGUUGAAGAUCAUGACGAAGAAUUGGAUGAAGAGCAAAAGCAAUUGAAGCUGUUGGAUGUGGACCUUGCUAGAGUCAACCCACCGGAGGGGCAAGAGCUGUACUUGCUCACCAUGCCUCCCUUUCUGGGCGUCAAACACCGCAACUUCGUCCCUGCAACCUACGAACCUCCGACGGCACCACACGACGGACGUGAUCCCGAAACCGACCCGACCGCCAAGUUUUCUGCAUUUUCCACCGCCGCCAGCACGAUCUUCUGGCGCCGCGACCCCAAGAACCCGGAGCUGCUGCAAUCAAACUCGCGCAUUGUUCGGUGGUCCGACGGAAGCUUGACUCUGCAAAUCGCCUCGUCACCAAAGGACCACUACCGAAUUUCCACCACUGCCCUAAGACAAUCCUGGCCUAAGAAGUCGGGAGCGUCUCAGUCGGACUAUGACGCAAACAAGGACUCGCACAACUACCUGGCUGCACCACACAUGACGGCCGGCGUGGACCUGCAGAUCAUGGCGCCCUUUGAUGCGUCCAUGAAAAUCCAGCCGACCGGCGAUCUGGCAGAUGAAUCGGUGUUGAAGCUGCAGCAAUCUUUGGCCGCGGCAACCCAGAUGCACGACCCUCUAGCCAACUUGAAACAAGUCAAAGAAGAUCCCGAGUUGGCCAAGAAAGCCGCGGAAAUGUUCGAAAAGGAACGGACUCGGGCAAGCCGCAAACGCGAGGCUGCCGAAGACCGGCUGCUGAUGCGCAAGGAUCGUGUAUUGGGCCGCGCCGGACUUGGACGGUAUGGAGGGGCAGGGCUCAGUGUGGCAGGGCUCGAAGACGACGAUGGCAUGCCGCUGGCUCGGGGCAAGAAGAGCGGUGGCAUGUCUGCUCGGCGCCGCAAGGUUAACCGCCGCGGCGACAUCUAUUCCGACGACGAGGACGAGAACAUGCCACGGGGCCGAGGCCGGGAAGACGAGUACGACCGCGAGGAUGACUUCCUGGCCGCAAGCGACGAAGAACCCGAGAUCUACGACGACGAAGAGGGUGGAGAAGAACCCGAGGCCGAAGAGGAAGACCCGGACGUGGAUGACCUGGAGAUCGAAGGGCGUGAAACCGUCAUCGAGAACCGUACUCGUGGCGGCAAUGAGCGGGAUGGACGCGAGAGAGAUCGCGACCGCGGCCGCGAUAGAGGAUCGACGCCGAAACGUUCGGCCAGCGACGAUGAUGACGGUCAAACCGAAGGCCAGCAGGCCCAAGGUGACGCUGCCGCCGCCCCAGGAGGCACACCACAAGCCAGGAAGAAGAGACGUGUCAUUGACGACGAUGAGGACGAGGAAUGAAAACAACAACUGCCGGUUUGCAUCUUUUCCCCCACAUCAUUCCCCUGGGGGCAAUGUGUUCCUGCUCUCUGCCAUAGCAAGCUUUACAUACGACAGUAUUUUGCAAAUGAUACUAUUUCCUGGGUUUCUACUAUUACUUUCUACCUACUGCAGAGAGUGAGUGAGUGAGCGGUGAUGGCUGGGUGGCUUGCAGCCCCUAUUUGAAUUCAAGUCGUUGGCGUCCAUGAGGCAGGACUCGGAAUCAAAGAAACGGCAGACCCUGAAACUGAACCAGAACCAAUACAAUUACAGUAGUACACGACCCAAGCCUCUGCAAAACUGGCUGGCUACCUAGGUACCUAGGUACAGUAGUUUCAAGCUGUUAUGUAUCGUCCUGGUGCAGCGCAGGGCAGUGAGUUUAAGAAGCAUCCAGCCUUCUUCGAUACCUAGCAAUAUUUAGGAAAGGAAACCUGGGCCCUGGCAAGACGGCGUUCAGUGUGGUACGACGCGGCACUAGCCCGGCGCUACGUAUGGC